GUGACGCCGCCGCCGCCCGCGCCCCUCCCAGACCCCGCCGGCCGCAUGGAGACCCCGGAGGGCGCCGGCCCGGGAGAAACCGUUCAGGAGGUGGAGGGACCACAGGCAGCCCUGGGCACCCUGGCCCACGGGGCAGGGGAGAGCUACCGCUCACCCACGGCCGAGGAGGAGGUGGGCAUCCCAAUACCAGCCCCGGGGCUCCUGCAGGUCACAGAGAGGAGGCAGCCCCUGAGCAGCGUCUCCUCCCUGGAGGUGCACUUUGACCUCCUGGACCUCACCGAGCUGACCGACAUGUCCGACCAGGAGCUGGCCGAGGUCUUUGCUGACUCAGACGACGAGAGCCUGGCCGGUGAAUCGCCAGCAGGCCUGCACCCACUGCCCCGGACUGGCUGUCUGCGCUCCCCCUCCUGGACACGAACCAGGGCCGAGCAGAACCGAGAGAAGCAACCGCUUGGUGACCCGGAGCGCCAGCCAGCAAUUGUGGACACAUUUCUCACCGUGGAGAGGCCCAAGGAGGACUAGGCCAGCUGGCCUUGGGGCCAAGGCAGUGCAAAUCUGGACAAUUCUGACCCCACGGACACUCCGCCCACCCCAUGUGGCUCUGGGCCAGGUUCUCGGGGCGCCCCAGCACAAGCACAGCCCAGUGGCCUUACGUCCCCACUCCUUUCCAGUCCCUGAUCAGGGACCACAGCACCUGAGGAUGAGGUGGGAGUGGCCUAGGCCUCUUGGAAACUUCUGUCUGCAGGACUGGUGCUCUCAUCUGCCACAAGAUUCCCAAGUGGGUGCGGGGUAAGGGUGAGCGAAGCCGGAGAGAGCUUCUCUGCAAAACCCCCGAGGAUCUCAGGGUUCCGGUCUGGGAAUGGCUACACCACGCUGCGGCCUAUGGGAUGCUCUGCUAUCCAGCCAAGAAUGUGGGUAGGGGAGUCCGUCCUGAACAACGCCACCUUCCUUUCAAUCCCAUCCUCUUCUUGGCACCAGGACCUCCUCCCCAGGCCCUGAGACCCAGCUCGUCUUAGUUCCUGUGUGACAGCCAGGCCCACCGUCCUCGGCUCAGAACACCAAAUAUGGCACGACUGCCUCAGACCGUGGGUGGGGGGGAGUGGGCAGGGGGACACACCCCUACAGCCUGUCACGCAAAUGCACACAGAGGCAUGCACAGUCCUAGGUCUGUGCCCCUGGAUGGCGUCCUGGCCUGGGGUAGCGCAGCCCGAGGGGGACUGGGAACAUGAGUGGACCCCGGCACGGCCCCCCAGCCCCCGACUUAAGGGCACCAGGCUCAGCUGCUCCCAUUGCUGCUUUCUAUGACCUAAGGGACUGAAGAGGCUCUGCUCUGACAGCAAGUCCAAGAACAGUUUCAAAAUAAAUGCGGAAGUUUGCUUCUGGUCCCCA